GGACCGCGCGGUGAACCGGCAGGGAAGUGAAUGCAGGCAGAGCAGCUGAAGCGCCAGACAAAGACACGGAGCGCACCGCGAUCCUGCAGCAUCCACACCCACCCACACACACUCACACACAGCAGCACUGUACCGCUGACCCAUAAUUCCUCACUAUAAGACCUCUCUUCACCACCACUAUGGACGCCCCCUCUGAAACUGUUGCCAUGGAGCUGGACUUCGGCCAUUUUGAUGAGCGGGACAAGACGUCUCGGACCCCUCGGGGUGGACGGGCCAAUGGCCUCCCGAGCCCCACCCACAGCGCCCACUGCAGUUUCUACAGGACACGCACACUCCAGGCCCUGACCAAUGAGAAGAAGGCCAAGAAGGUGCGCUUCUACCGCAACGGCGACCGCUACUUCAAGGGCAUCGUGUACGCUGUGGCCAGUGACCGUUUUCGCACGUUUGACGCUCUGCUGGCUGAUCUUACACGCUCGCUGUCUGAUCACAUCAAUCUGCCACAAGGGGUCAGAUACAUCUUCACCAUCGAUGGAUCACGCAGGAUUAUCACACUGGACGAGCUUGAGGAAGGUGAGAGCUACGUGUGUGCCUCUGAGAACUACUACAAAAAAGUCGACUACACCAAAAAUGUGAACCCCAACUGGUCGGUCAAUGUGAAAGCAUCAGCCAGCCAGAAGAUGCUGGCCAACCGUGCCGCCAGCGAGCCGAGGGAGACCAAGGACUUUGUGCGACCCAAGCUGGUGACGGUGAUGAGGAGCGGGGUGAAGCCACGAAAGGCCGUCCGUGUGCUGCUCAACAAGAAGACGGCGCACUCCUUCGAGCAGGUGCUCACUGACAUCACAGAGGCCAUCAAACUAGAGAGUGGAGUGGUAAAGAGGAUCUACACGCUGGAUGGAAAACAGGUGACCUGCCUGCAAGACUUCUUUGGUGAUGACGACGUGUUCAUUGCCUGUGGACCAGAAAAAUUCCGCUAUGCGCAGGAUGACUUUUCCCUGGAUGAAAAUGCUGCAGAGUGCCGGGUGAUGAAGGCUCCUAAAGGACAGAGGGGCUCCACUAAGAGUCCCGGCCCCAUGCGACGCUGCAAGUCUCCGGCUGAUUCCACUAAUGGAACAGGCUCCAGUAGUCAGCUUUCUACACCCAUCUCUAAGCAGUCUCCCAUAUCGACUCCGACCAGUCCUGGCAACGCCCGCAAACAGAAGGAUCUCUACUUGCCUCUGUCUCUGGAAGAUGAUGAUUCACAGGGGGAGUCCAUGUAGACUCUUUCCACUUUGUCCUUCAAUCAAUAUGAAAUCCCAUCACAGAGAUUUCGCUGUUGCUCUCUGUCUUGGAAACAUCAACAUCGCCACCCUAGUGUCCUGGAUGACUGCACGCAUCACCUUUGCAGCCUUUAAUCUCUGAUGCUUUGCAGCGAUGGUCAGCGCACUAUUUGCUGCUUGAGAAUUUGCUGCAUCCAUUUUCCAUGUUUUUUCCUGUUUUUGAUAAUAGAUUUGUAGUGACUGAUGAAAACGCUAAGUAUAUGCGGGGCAUAUGCUGCAGUUUACACGUGUAUUUUGACAACAAACAACCCAGUUUGUGCAUGUGGUAUACUGUUGAAAUUCAUUUUAUAUAUAUGAGAAAUUUGAGAAGAACGUUACUGUUAAGACGCAGAUCAGAUCUUUCAACAUUCAGCCAUUUUUUUUUUAAUGAAUAAUUUUAAAUUUUUCAUACUGACUUUUUUUAAAAAGCUUGGUCUUGUGAAUUCCAAGCAGCAAAUAGUUGUUUUUACAAGGGUGUGAUAGUAUGGCUUGUACAAAAAAAUAAAUAAAAAAAAUAAAUAAAUAAAUAAAAAAAGGAAAAAGAAAAAAAUAAUAAAGAAAAAUACUUGUUGCACCAUUAAUACUUUUUAUUAAUAUUUUUUGUAACACUCACUCUCUCUGUGCAAUGGUUUAUUGUGUAUUAGUAUUUUAAAAGCCCUAAGCAGUUGAAUUAGUAUUUCUGGGCUACAGAACUCACACACUUACUCCAUAUCACUGUAAAUAAUAUGUACAGCCUCAAAACACACACAUCUAUGUUUUUGCAUUAUGGCAAUGUUUUUAAGACAUAGAUGUAAUGUUAUAUGUCCAUGGCUCUGAAGGUGCCCAUUGGAAAUUAAGGGGGAGGUGGGGGGCAAAAGCCAUAUAAUCAGAUCCUUUUACUUUCAAAAGCAAUCACAUUAAGGUUUGGAAUGGUAAAAUGUUAAAAAAACAACAACAAAAAACACACUUGGAUUCAAGGAAAAGUUCACCCAAAAAUGAAAAUUAUGUUAUUAUUUAAUCACUCUCAUCUCAUUCCAAACCCGUGCGACUUCCAUGGAACACAAAAGAAGACGUUUUUUUCAGAAUGUUCACAUCGCUCUUAUCCAUACAAUGAAAGUGAAUGGGGACUGGGGCUGUCAAGCUCCAAAAAUGACAAAAAGGCUCAAUAAAAGGAAUAUAAAUAGUUGUCCAUAUGACUCAUGCACUAUAUUCAAAGUCUUCUGAAGCCAUACGAUAGCUUUCUGUGAGGAGCAUACUGAUAUUUAAGCCAUUUCUAUUGAAAAUCUCCCCUAUAGCCGUAGCUCUCAAGUCUUAUCCGCACUUGCUUAUAUUUGUAUAUGAGUGGCCAGUUUUGACAUCAGUGGCAUCAAAUGUCAUUGUUUUCAUGCAAAUUUUAUGACUAAUCCUUAUUUUUGGGUGAACCAUACCUUUAAAAUCGAAAAUGUCAUGUAAGGCACUGUGUUCUUUUUUAGAAAGCCAAAGGUAUGUUGCAUAGAGGGAGGUUGAAAACCAAUAUUUUCUCUUCCCCAUUGGUGGCGUAUGUAUGGGAAUGUUUCAUUCAAGGCUCUCAUUUGAAAAUAAACAUUUUAGAAAACCAGAUUCAAUGUACCACAAUAUCAUCAUGAAGUUCCUUUGUCAAUGUACUGUAUGGUAGCAUAAAUUCAGUCAGUUUUCAAUUACACUCUCAGAGAGCACUGUGACGUAAUCGUGAUAUCUGUUGCUCAUCUCUAUGACAGACAUGAAAACUCGUGCAACAAAACUGCAAACCCUUUGACUAAUCUUUUUAUAACUUUUCUCUCGUUUUCAAUUGAAUAUUCUAGAACUGUAAAUGAUCAUUUUUCACCUUCCAUCGUGCCUUUUUUAAAUCAUCCUUGUCUUUAUGAGAAAAAAAAAAAAAAAACUACAAGAAAAGUAAACACUCAUUUGUCAAAUGUUUAACUACUUGUAAAUCUUGCUCUCUUUUUACAUGGUUUGAAAUGAAGUGGGGAUAAAAAACUAACUAGAACAAUCUGUAAGUUGUUACUGCUAGUUUGCAACACUGUUUUAGUAGUUUACCAGGGUAAUACUUCUGACAUGGUGCAGAUGCUCUCUUUGCUCCUGUAGUGCUGUAAACACGUGUACUGAUAUUUUUGGGCUUGGGAACAUAAAAAAAAUCAGGCUUCCUCUGUGAUGAUCAUGUACUUUCUGCUGUAUCAUUGUGACUUGUUUGGUGAUGUCAUUCUGUGUAUUAAACUUCUCUCUUUACUAUUAAAACGAGAUGCUAUUCCACAGCUUGUUUUGACUGUAAUAAUGCUCAUGAAUGUUUUUGUUGUUGUUGUUUUUUUGUUUUUUUCAGACAGUUUGCUUCGUCGAUUAACCCAAAGCAUCAUGAACCCACUGUUUUUUCACAUUUUUACAUUCAUGGCUUAAUUUUUACAGUAUGUAUAUGUCUAAUGUAAAAGAAUGUUCCAGGUUCAAUAAAACUUAAGCUUGCCUGUGUUGUUGAUUACCAACAAAUUUUUUACUCAUCUCUUAGUUUAGUAAAAAAAAAAAAAAAAGGUUUACAGUAAUACACAAUGGAAGUCUAUGGGCCAAGGCAUUGCACAAAAUAAAUGUUAAUAUACACAGUUUCAGAAGUUUAACCAAAAGACUAAAGAAAGAGUCUUGAAAGAUUAAGGCGCACGGCAGGCCUUUGUGAGCUCUGCGUGGCCCUCAGGGAAGAAUGGUGCGCUCUUCGUCUGUUGAUAACAGCUGGUUUGCAAAAACAUUCAUCCAGGCAAGACGUUUCUGGCUCUUCUGGAGGGGACCACUCAAGACCGAGCUCCUCAACCGUCUUUGCGAGGACGCGAAGAAGCUCCUUGUCAGUGGCGUGUGCACGCUCCUCAAGGGGGUCGCACAAUGGACGAGUCAGGCGGACGGCAUGGCGUAUUCUAAAAUUUGAAACAAUUGUUUUCUCUGAAUGUACACACACCGAAAACGAAAUGAAAAAGUU